AUGCUAACAGUUGCUAAACUGAGAGAGAGCAAGGGAAACAAACCGUACUCGCAACCCCUUAAGGUGAAAGUGUGUGGAGUUGGUACUAUUCAAAGGUAUCAAACAGACAAUGGAGAAAAAAAGGAAUGUGCCACAGUUGGACUAGCUGAUUCAACAGAUGCCAUGAAGGGCACUGUAUAUGACACCACGAAACUCAAAUCCCUGAAUGCAGACAACACCGUGAUUCUGAUGAAUUACAUCUACAAGAAUGAAAAUGAACCAACAGUCAUUAUUACCAAAAACACAAAAGUCAUGAAAACAGGAGCCAUGGAGGUUCCACAUGCAACUAUGGAGAAAGGUGCGAGGAUUGCAAAUCCACCACCUGCUAUGACUCGACCCAUUAAGGACAUCAAGACAUUACCUGUGAAGUCCCUGGUCUCUGUCAAGGGCAGAAUUGUGUCUGAGGAUAUGACCAAAACCGUGAAGGUGAAGGGAGUAGAUGUCUGUGUAAAGAGUGUCUCUCUCAAAGACGACACUGACAGUAUUAAAGUUUCCCUGUGGAGGGACUUGAGUGACUCAUCCAUUGUUGGGAAAUACUUGUCAAUAACCAAUGUUGUUGUGACCAACUUCAAUGAAGAGAUCUCUGUUUCAACGACUUCUAAGAGUGUUCUUGAAGAAUGUGAGCCGCCAGUAGUAAAAGUUCAGGGAUCCGUCAUUGGAUUUCAUAAAGCAGAACUCCACAUCUCCCUCCUCAUGAAUGUAAAGGAUGACUACCUAACUUAUGAUGUACCUCUUGAAAUGAUGUCCAAAGCAUUAGAUUGCACUCUCGAAAACUUGGAGAGCGAGAUUGAAAAGAAACUUCCACUCCAGUGCUCUUUUGUAUUCUAAGACUCGACAAUGGAAAAGAUCAUCUCCGUCGGCAAAUCCAAAUAAAUGUGCUCUCUGUCCUGUCCAUAUAGAUCUUCCUUUCCAAAACCCUGUGAAGUUUCCUGACAUUUCUGUAUUCUUGCUUUUCAUUUGUAACUUGUACUGCAGUUAACAAGGAAGUUCAUUUGAUUAAAGGUUGGGGUGGAGGUAUUUACCAGACACAUAACUUUCUUCAAAACAGUUUCCAGCCGAAGAAUUGCUUUCAAGUGGAAUUCAUUUAGUUUUAUAAUGAAGUUGUUUACCCCAUUAUUCCCCUUGUAUUUUUAACUGUUUUUAUUUUACAACAGAUUUAUUAGUGAUUUUUAAACUUGAGUAGAAUUGGGAUUUUUCACUGAACAAUUCAAAAUGCAUGAUGUACAUGUAUAUAGACUGUUCACAUUACAACCUAACUUGUAUUAAAUUAUGCUUCUCUCAACCUAUCUGAUUUGUAAAUACCAUUGAUGUGUUCUUGUGUGGUUGUGUAUUUGUUACCUUUUUAUCUCGAUAUGCCAUUUUAAGCAAAUCAAACUGUUCUAUAUUGCCAUCAUUUAAUUUAUCCAUCAACAAUGUUUAUUGCUUACUUUUCACAAAUGUACAAAUUGUUCAGCCUUUAUGUACCAUAUAUUCAUUGUUAAAAUAUUUCGUACAACAGAUUUUUUGUAUCUCCUAUAUGUCACUGACAUCAUGUGCUACAAACAGUACGCUAGGUCUUCCUUAAAUGUAAAAACAACAUUCCUUGAUAAAUAAAGUUAUAUGUUCUUAUUUCCUGUGAAAAAAUAAAUAACAGGUAUACCGUAUUGUACAUUACUUAAGUUUCAUACUAUAUAUAAUCUUUGACGUUUUCCAUUUUAAAUCCAUUCAUACAAGAUUAGUACAAUGUUUUUGUUCCUAUUCCUUUAACCACAGUUGUAACCUUAUUGCUGAAUUAAUGUGCCAAGUCCAUUGAGAAGAUGUAUAUAUUUAAAGUAUAUAGAGCAUUGUAUCAUCAUGACUUGUUUACCUACUCAGGGUUUUUUUUUUACCUCAGUUUACAUACAUAUGAUAUGCUAUUUUAGCAUGUGCUAUCUUAGCAUUUUCCUUAGAGAUGUUAGCCUGCAUGCAUACCGGUAUGUUCAUAUCCUCUUCUUUAUGUAAUUUUGUUAUUUUUUCACAUGAUGAUACUCAAGGAUAUUUGGUGUUUUGUUUAGCUAUGAAGUUUAACCAUUAUGGUUACUUAGUUUAGCUAUUAUUCAGCAUAAUGUAUAUAUUUCCACCACAUUCUAUAUGUUCAGUGUUCCUUUUCUUUUUUUGGAUGUUAAAUAUAUUACAACGAAAUUGAUAUAAAGGGAUUCUAGUGCUUAUGAUAAGUACUGCUACUAAUCAGGGACCAUUUUACUCAUUCAUUUGUGAUAACAAUAUCAGUUGUAUACUCCAUGUUUCAUUAUUAUUAUUAUUUUGUAUUACUAGUAUGUUUCUGUACACUUGGGCAUGUUUGGAUGAUACUGAUAAACAUGUACAUAGCUGUUUCAAAUGUGACUUUUUUAGUGUAGAUGUGUAGAACUUAGAAUUGUAUUUGUUUUAUAUUAUUAUGCAUUUUGUGCCAAUUUUCAAAAAUCCUGCCAAUCAGAGACAUGUUCUCACUCACAUAAAAGCCAAUGAUGUUACUUCUUUGUAAGUACUAAUACUGUGCUGUGCCAUUUAUGUGUUACUUUCUACAACAUUUAUGUUCAAUUGCCUUGCCCAUACUCUAUUACUAUAGUGCUUUUAAUAAUGUUUUACUGAAUACCGUAAAUCUGGAUAUUUCUGCUAUUGAUACAUUUUAGCAAUUAUGUGAGUUCAUUACACUCACAAUAAUAUAAUUUGCUUCAAAAUCAUUAAACAGUAAGAAAAUGUAAACAAAGGAGUGAUCAUUGGCAAAAUAUUGGAAUGCAAAAAUUAAAAACAACAUAUUGCCCCACAUUCACAAAAUAAAACUGACAUAAAAAUAUCCAGAUCAUAACGGUAUAAUUUUACAAAUAUAUUUUUGCUGAUUCUUUGAUACAGAACUGACAAUGUUUUCUGCUACAUUAUUUUAUAUACCUUUUAUGUUUUUUAAA